AUGGCGUCCGACGUCAGCGCCCGCGUGCAUCUCGACGCCGAGAAACUCACGCAGAAGAGUGCGGACGCGCAGCGCAAGGGCAACGAGAACGCCGCGCGCGCCCUGGCCACGUCCGUGGCCGACCUGCGCGAGGCCGUGGCGCUUCUGGCCGAGCAGCGGUACAUCUACUGGCGCGUCGCCGCGGCGAGGACGACGACGACGACGCCGAGGCACGUCUGGCGCGCAUGGAGACUGUGCUGGGGCAGAAAGUUGGGAUGGCAUGAAGCUCCGGAGCAACAGGGUGGCGCGGCGGCAGACGAGAUCGUGGAAGGCGAUGCGAAUCAAUCCCACGCAUUGCAAAAGGUGCUGGAUGAGGACGAGGAGCUGGAGGGACCAGUCAAGUCUGCGGAUGAACUGCACACUCCGAUCUAG